AUCAGCACCUGUUCUGAUGAAGAACCGGGGUGUACUGGAGUUUUGAGAAAUGCCUUCAAGUAAAGAUUAUUUGAGGUGCUAGUUACUUAUGAUUAAAUCUGGAAUUAACUGCUAGAUUGCGAAAAGGGCACGGGACUGGCCCCUGAGAGGCUAAAAUGCCACCGCAGAUGAUGCUUGAUUGCUCUGAAGGCAAAAGACUGAGUUCACCGCUUGGAUCAGAGUCAUCUGGGAAACAUCCAUCUUCCAGACCUUGCAGCCAGGAACUUGGCAUUAAAUGUGUCCUUGUGGGCGAUGGGGCAGUUGGCAAGACAAGCCUGGUGAUCAGCUACACAGUAAACGGUUACCCCACAGAAUACCAACCGACAGCUUUGGACACGUUUUCAGUUCAAGUAUUGGUGGACGGAGCGCCUGUAAAAAUCCAGCUGUGCGACACUGCGGGGCAGGAGGAUUUUGACCAUCUUCGUUCCCUGUGUUACCCCGACACCGAUGUUUUCCUGGUAUGUUUCAGCGUGGUAAAUCCAAGCUCCUUUCAGAAUGUUACAGAGAAAUGGAUUCCUGAAAUCCGCGCACACCAUCCUCACACUCCGGUGGUACUGGUUGGAACACAGACGGAUCUUAGAGAUGAUGUGAAUGUACUGAUCAAGCUGAGCCAUUGCCACGUUAGACCAGUUAGUGAAUCCCAAGCAGUGGGAGUCGCACAAAAAAUUCGAGCUCAGACUUACAUAGAAUGUUCUGCUUUGACUCAGAAGAACCUCAAAGAGGUAUUUGACACUGCUAUUCUUAGUGCCAUUGAACACAAGGCAAGACUGGAGAAAAAGCUGACCACAAAGGGAUUUAAAAGACUUUCAAAGUGUCGGUGGAAGAAAUACUUCUGUUUUGUCUGAACUUGCUUAAGAGAAGACAUAUACUGGGCACCCCAUUCUGUAAUCGGACUUCAAAAAAUUGGAUUAUAUUAAUGGCCUGGAAGAAGAUCACCAAACAAUGUUUUAUUUAGUCCAGCAUCCUACUGUUGACACGUUGUAUUCUACAAUGACACUAUUAAAUGAUUCUGUGUUUAGGAGUGUAAGCGUACAGUGUCACUCAGUCAAGUGGAUUAAAAAAAA